AAAGAAUUCAUUCUCCAUAGUCCUUCCAGAGCGAUACAAGCCUGAUCUUUUGAAAUGAAGACUUUGCAGCAGUUUGCUCUCUUUCUCUAUUUUUUAAUGCCUGUGGUGAAGUUAGCACCACCUAAUCAGCAAUACGUUACGUUUUAUGAUUAUGGACUGGCCACUCUUGAAGACACAGUAUUUAAGGAAAAUGAAGACAAACCACAGGAUGCAGUAACUAAUAAGGAAAAUAACGGCAUGGUCAUUUUCCAUGAAAAUGAAAUACAAGUCCAGAGAGAUGAAGAGGUACCUGAAGCUUCACCAACAAAAGUUACAGAUUUGCCUACUUGUUUGCUGUGUGCUUGUUUAAGUGGUUCAGUUUACUGUGAAGAAACAAAUAUUGAAAGUGUUCCAAUUCUGCCAAAGGAAACAGGCUACCUUUAUGCACGAUUCAACAAAAUCAAGAAGGUCAAAACCUCCGAUUUUGCUGAAAUUCCCACCCUAAGAAGAAUUUACUUUACUGGAAACAGGAUAGAAGAAAUUGAAGACGGGGCUUUUGCAAAGCUAGCAUUAUUAGAAGAACUUUCACUUGCUGAAAAUAGGCUGCUCAAGCUUCCAAUUUUGCCUCCAAAGCUAACAUUCUUUAAUGCAAACCACAACAGAAUUAAAAGCAGAGGAAUUAAAGCAAAUGCUUUCAAGAAGUUGACCAAUUUAUCAUACCUCUACCUAGCAAACAAUGCACUGGAAUCUGUUCCUCUUAACUUGCCAGAGAGUCUACGUGUUCUACAUCUUCAGAAUAACAACAUAACCAGCAUCUCAGAUGAUACCUUCUGCAAAAACAACAAUACGCGUUAUGUUCGUAACCGAAUGGAUGAGAUACGAAUGGAAGGGAACCCAGUCAUCUUGGGAAAGUACCCCAAUGCUUUUAUGUGCUUGAAAAUGCUGCCUAUAGGUUCAUGGUUUUAAAUUGCUAAUGAAACUGGAAGUGGUAAAAAGUAGGUAAAGAUGGCUCUUAUAUCACUGUUUUAAUGUCUCUCCAUGUUAGUAUCGUGCCACACAUAUUCAGAAUUUUUAGCAGUU